GCCGUUAGCUGCCGGGAUAUUCGCUAGGCUUUUCUCUCCUCCUCGAUAAGGGGCGCUUGCGUGUCGAAGAUCCGAGGCGCCAGCCCUAGGGCGUCACUGCGCGCUCCUCCAUCGAUCCGCGCCAUGGUAAGACGCUCCCAGGGGAGUGGGAUCAUCCCGGGGUUAGGGUUCUUGUAGGAUGGACAGCGCGAUCUAGAGAGAUCUCCGGGGCAGCGGCAGUGAGAAAUGGGAGCUGUGACGUCCACUGUGGCUGCCAAGUUCGCGUUUUUUCCCCCGAAUCCGCCAUCGUAUAGGGUAGUCAAGGACGAGGUGACUGGGAAUUUGAUGCUCUCGGAUGUGCCGCGCAGCGAUUCCGUGGAUGUGAGAAUUUUGAGAACCAAGAGGGGGCAGGAUAUCGUGUCCCUCUAUAUCAAAAACCAGGAGGCUCGUCUCACACUUUUAUACUCCCAUGGCAACGCUGCAGACUUGGGCCAAAUGUAUGAGCUCUUCCUCGAGCUAAGCCGUCACCUACGAGUAAAUCUCAUGGGCUAUGAUUAUACAGGGUAUGGAGCGUCCACUGGAAAGCCAACGGAGUUUAACACGUAUGCUGACAUUGAGGCGGUCUACGAGUGCCUGGAGCGCGACUAUGGUGUCAAACAGGAGGACCUUGUCCUGUAUGGACAGUCCGUUGGGAGUGGACCGACACUCGACUUGGCAGCGCGACUGCCAAGGCUCCGGGCUGUAGUUCUUCACAGCCCGAUUCUAUCUGGACUGCGAGUAAUGUAUCCCGUGAAGCGCACGUACUGGUUUGACAUCUACAAGAAUAUCGACAAGAUAGGCCAAGUUAACUGUCCAGUUCUCGUGAUUCAUGGAACCUCGGAUGACGUUGUGGAUUGCUCGCAUGGAAAGCAGCUCUGGGACCUCUGCAAAGAGAAGUACGAGCCGCUGUGGCUCAAGGGCGGUGGCCACUGCAAUCUGGAGCUUUAUCCGGAGUACAUCCGGCACCUCAGGAAAUUCAUCUCCACGCAGGAGAAGGCGGCGCUGGGGAGGAACCGAUCGAGCAGGAAGAGCACAGAUCAACAAAGUGAGCGAACACUGACUUGCUAAAAGAGCCAGACGAUCGAAACCAAACGGAAAGCAAAAGAGAAUACCAUGCUAACUUUUUAAGUGCGGGUGUGUUCAUUCGUUCAUUUGUUUGUGUAAAUACAUAGCUUGUGAUACACUUAUUAUUCCAGAGCUA